GUCAAAUGUGUUAGAAAUUCUAAUUCCGGACAAUCGGCAUUUUUUCCAAUUAUAAUAAGUUUUGAAUAACAAAUAAAAUUUUGAAUAUGUCACAUGUCUUUACUUUAUUUAUAAACAGUAUUGUUAUUUCUUAAAAGUCAGUACUUCAUUAAUAAGUGAAUAGGCGUCCGUCUAACGCCUUUUAUAAAAUCUAAAAAAUGGCAAAAUCUCAAAUAAAUACAAAAUCAAGAGAUUAUUUGCGUGACAAAGAAGUAUUUUUGAAAGAAUUGAAACAGUUCAACGAAAGCAAAAACAUACCAUAUAAAAUACCCGUAGUGAACGGAGUGGACAUAGACUUGUAUCUUUUAUAUUCAUUAGUUUUACAACGAGGUGGCUUGAGUAAAGUAAAUCAAAAUGAUACAUGGGAAUCAUUUCUACGACAGCUACGUCUGCCUCAUCCCUGCGUGAAUGGAUCAACAUUGUUAAGAAGAAUAUAUGGCACAUAUUUGGAGAAAUAUGAACGAGCUAAAGGUCCUCCAGGGAGGGACGAUGAUAAUGACCUUGAUGAGGAUCCUAGAAGAGGGAGAGGUGGCGGUAUGCCAAGAAUUUCGUUUGGCAGUGGUACAUAUAUUUCAGCUUCUGGUGAGCCAUUACGAACUGGCAAUCGUGUGGCUGGUCCUUCCGAGCGGCUCACACUAUCUCUUCUAUCGCCUAUGCCCAACGAACAAGACUUUGCUGUCAAUGUCUGCACAGUACUUGCGGCAGAUCAUUCCAAUCGCUUACCUUUGAGCACUACACACCAUAUAUUGGACUUCUUACUGGCCCAUGCGGGUGUUUAUAAUCAUUCAAGUCUUCGAGACACAAUCGGUCGAUCAUACUACGAAGCUCGCGGACGCUAUCCACACGAGUUUUGGCAAUUACGAGCUGGCGGCGGUGGUGCUAAAGAGCUAGCCGAUGAGACCAAAUUUAUGCAGCCCGGUUUAGAACAACCGGAACUUAUGGUCCAGGCACUCGCUGCUCAUAAUACCUUGACGGACUGUUUAAUGCAGGGUGGAGAAGAGGAAGACAGCUUAGAGAAGAUUAUAGAAGAUGACAUUCACGAAGAUUGGGUUACGGAGCCAUCGGAAGAGGACCAACUUUUCGCUCCAGAGCUCACGGGUGGGGCUGGGUGUGUGUAUACGCAGAGAGUACUACAGAUUGCGUCUAUAGUACGAUCACUAUCAUUUCACGAGGAAAAUGUUCAAUAUCUAGCAAGAAACACAACACUUAUUCGAUUCCUCUUACUUUGUGCUAACUGCUGGGUUGGUACUUUGAGGCAAAGUGGGCUGGAUACAUUAGGAAAUGUCUCAACAGAAUUGAUUAUCAAGGAUCCUGCAACUUGUCUCAUAUCCCGGCAUGUGCUAUCAACGAUACAAUCGGCGCUCGUUUCACAAGAUCGCGCAAGGGUAUUGGCGGCCCUGGAGCUGCUCAACAAAUUAGCACAGAACGAGGCGAACGAGGAGGCGCUACUGAAAGCGCUCGAGGCUAAGGUGUACAGCGACGUGUGCGCGCUGCUGUCCCUGCGCGACAUCAUGGUGCUGGUGUGCACGCUGGAGUGCGUGUACGCGCUCACGUCGCUGGGCGACCGCGCGUGCGAGGCCGUGGCGCGCGUGCCCGGCCUGGCGCACACGCUCGUGGCGCUCGUCACCGUCGAGGCGCAGAGCUACGGGCCGCGCGCGUGCAUCCUGAUGCGCGUGGUGGAGACGGUGAGCGGGCCGGGCGCGCUGGCGGCGGGCGAGGCCGAGCGCGCGCCGCAGGUCCCCCAGAGCCAGCCAGCGAAGCCGACGGAGCCCCCGCAGACGUCGGCGAGCCCGGCACCGGCCCCCGCGGCCCCCGCGCCCUCCCCCGCUCCCGUCGCGAUGUCGUCGCUGCAGCAGUCGCAUCUGCAGCAGAGGACCGUGCAGGAAAACGAGCAUUUCGCGCAGGCGUGGCUGCGAGCGACAUACGAGCCGCUGCCGGGCAGCGACAACAGCGCAUGUGACGCCGCGGAGCUGUACCGGCAGUACCUCGCGUGCUGCACCAAGCUGGCGCGCAAGGGGGUCAUCGCGCCCGCGCACUUCCCGCGCCUCGUCCGGACGGUUUUCGGGGGCACAGUUGGACCAAAUACUAUUACGACUGCGUCCGGGGAAACGCAACACGUGUACAUCGGUAUACGAGCCAAGAAUUUGCCGAAUAGAAAUAAUCCUCCUGUUGGACCUUCUUCGCCAAUCCUGAAAGCCCAGCUGACAAAUAAAACGGCUGUAGUUGAAACGAAACCACCAGUUGUGCAAACGCAGACCCCGGCUGCGCCCGCUCACCCGCAGCUGUCGCAGGCGCUGGAGGGCGCCAGCAACACGUCGCUCAUCAAGCACCUGCUGGCGCACAAAGUAAGCCCGCCCGCGCACGCGCACGCGCAAGUUGCCCAAAGACAACAAAGUCAACAACGAGUGGUACCAGCAACAGCGGGGACUGUUGUUGUUCAACCGAAUCAAUCAUCAAGUAUGGAGGUUGAUCCUGAAGCUUUGAUCAAAUGUACGACAAUUAUACCAGGGGGUGUUGCCAAUAACACAACUCAAGCCGAGAAGAUGGUCUUAAACGCCGGAGAAGAAGUAAUAGUUCAAAAAGAUGAACCGGUACAAAUACAAAUCGAUGACCAGUUGACCAUUAAGAGCGCGCAAAAUAAAAUGCUAGCUGAUCUCCUUGAGAAAAAAUCGAACCCACCCGUCCAAGUCGUCCAAAUGGGACAGCAAAUAAACGCACCGACUAUACAAAUAACCGAAACAGGACAAAUCGUACAAGUUAAAACCGAAAACAAUCCUCUCAUUCAAAUUAAUUCGGAAGGCAUACAGCCGAGCGCUCCAUUCUUCCAAAUAAAAAACGAUCAAGGUCAAUUGAUACAGAUUAAAAACGAUCAGGGACAGAUAAUACAAUUGAAAAGCGACCAAUUACAAGGCAUGAUACAGUUUAAGAACGAUCAAGGUCAAAUCGUACAGAUAAAAAAUGACGGGCAAAAUGUUGCACAGAUGAUACAGCCGAGUGUUAUUCAAGCUGUCAAAACGGAUAAAGAUCAAAUCGUUGAAACAGUGGUGACGGACCAUUCGUAUACGGAGCCGCCGGCUAAAAAGCUGAAGGUCGAAGAAAAACCAGAGAACAAUUCUCCCCAAGAGAGUGUGUCUAAAACUGCCGCUAAUCUGUACGCGGCCUUAGCGGCUUCCGCGUUAGAAGAUGAAGAUGAUUUGCUCCCCCCAAAACAAGACGCCGAAGUUAUACCAUCGGUACUGGUUGCGGGCUCCUCUGACAGUCAAUCGGUUAUUAUUCAAGAGCCGAUAUUACAAGUCCAACAACCAACAAUGCAAGUUCAACAACCAACGAUCCAAGUGCAACAGCCAAUGCAGGUCCAACAGCCUACUUUGCAAAUGCAAGCAUCGACCAUACAGGUUCAGCAACCAACUUUGCAAGUUCAACAACCAAUGCUCCAAGUUCAACCGAUGGAUGUUCAAAACAUUAUCGCUUCUCAAUCAGGACAAUUAAUAUUACAAGAAAAACCAGUUACAUCUCAGACGACACAGUUCAUGCAACAGCCGAUGCAGAUUAUCGCAACACCGGGUACAUCACAAGCUGGUCUAAGCUACAUAGCCCAGAAUAUACCCGGCAAUAUGAUGCAAAAGACAAUUAUAAUUGUACAAGGUCCCACCGGUGGCGGACCCCUGACACUCACGGUAAACAACCCAGCCGGUCUUGACGAGGCGACGCUAAACACCCUUAUUGCUCAAGCAACAGAGGCGAUAACGCAACAGCAAAUUAUUCAGAAUUCGGGCGUGAUACAGUCGACUCAAAGAGUGAUAGUGAGUCAGCCGGCUCUCGUGAGCACGUCACAGCCCAUAGCCGUUGUUAAGACCACGAUAACACAGAAUGCUCCACAAAUAACGCCGAGUCAGCAACCGAUAAUAACAACGCAACCGCAACCACACAAAGCUCAACUCGUGAACCAAGCACCUACACAGCAGAUCGUUGUGACGCAGAAACAACCACCGGCACUUAUAAGUACUUCAUCGGGCAACCCGAUAGUUGGAACGAACCAAAUCAUACAAGGGAAUCAGCAACUGUUGCAAGGCAACCAACAAAUUAUAGCGGUGUCAAACAACCAGCAGAUAAUAGUGAACACACCCAUGAAACAAGGUGUUGUACAGCACAGGGUUGUUCAGCAACCACAGAGAAGUCAAAUUACAACGGUUGCUAUUUCGAACAACCAGACAUCGACGACGAUGAGCGAAAGCAAAACUGUACCCAUUCAAGGCGGAACGAAGUCUCAGCAACCAAUAAUACGACAGGUGAUCACACGGCAACCGGUCAUGAUGGGGAACACCAAGAUAGGCGACAAAGAGGUGCUUGUCACGCAACCUGUAGCUGAGAAACAAGCAGUUCCUAAGAAGACGGUAACUCCACCGCCUCAGCCUCUCCCGCCAGGUGCCGAGGACACUCCGUGGAUAUGCCACUGGAGGGGAUGCGGCAAGUCGUUCGGCGGCGCGGGCGCGGUGUUCGCGCACGCGGCGCGCGCGCACUGCCCGGCGGGCGCGGGCGGCGAGGCGGCGUGCCAGUGGCUCGACUGCGACCGCGUGCCGCGCCGCACCUUCGCGCUGCUCAACCACCUCACCGACAAGCACUGCACGCCGCAGGCGUUGAAGGCGGUGUACAACUCGCGUAGACAUACAGUCGCCGAAUCGGAAGCAAGCAAGCCGGUUUCGCUCGGCUACCCUCCUAAUGCAGCUCUGGCGGCACUCAACAAGCAUGCCACGGAUAUGUUCAAUCCACGAGAACUCAUGCACCGGGCCGAUGUGAGUCGCACUCCGGACUUAAUGGACGAAAAUGAAGGGCCCGUGACGAAGAGCAUACGUCUUACAGCCGCUCUUAUUUUGAGAAAUAUUGUCAUCUACUCGAACACUGGUCGGAGACUCCUGCGUUCGUACGAAGCCCACUUGGCUUCGAUAGCUCUCAGCAACGUGGAAGCGUCUAGAACGAUCGCUCAAGUUCUCUACGAUAUGAACAAUAUUUGAGAAUAGCUUGACGGGCUCAAGCCCGACCAAUAGUGAAAAAAACUUUAAUUUCAUACGAAACGUACGUGGGAUUAUUGAAAUAUACUGAAAAAAAAUUACAAAAAUAAUUAAAAUACACUCAGUGCGUCAGUUACACGUGAAAAACGUAUAAAUGCGUUAUGUUACAUUUUUAAAUGUUAUGUAAAUAAACGUUGUAAUAAAAAUCGACCUUAAAGGGAAUUCUCAAACGGACUACAUAAAUACUUACUUAGAGAUCCAUAUUCUUAAAAAAACAUUUUUUUUACCAAGGUAAAGUGCAUUUAUCGUUGUUUUUUUUUUGUUACCACAUAUAUCGUAAACACUUGAUGAGAUUUAAACGAAUUUUAACUUUGAUAUGUCAUACAUUAAGGAUUAGUUUCGUGAAAGUAUCAAGAAAUAAAAUUGUAGAAAUAUCAUAGAUAAAGUAUAAAUAAACUAAAUCCAAUAUGGUUGAUGUAUGUUGCCAUAUUGUAAAAACUACAUCGGUGUUAUGUCAUAGUUAAAAAUGUAAAGGAUACAUCAAAAAAAUAUAUUUCAUUUUGUGUUAUCGUACAGUGACAAUAUUUGAUUUGUGUAAUUAUUUUAUGUUAAUUGUAACUCGAGUUGACAAAUAAUAAUUGUUUGAAAUUUUAUUAAUAGUUAAGACUGAUUUUAAAGUAAAAGAAAUACCGUAAAUGUACCACUGUUGGGCUGCAGUCUCUAAAGGAGACUUGCUUUUAUUAUUUUCUAAUUAGAUCUAAUUAUCUCUGUAAGAUGAGCCAUCUGAAAAUGAUUUUGAAGAGGGCUUAGAUAGGAAUUGUCCCAAUAUAAAUAUUGUCUAUAAAAAAUAUUUUUACACGAACCAUAGAUGAGUGGAUUAUGGAUGAUGAAAUGUAAACUGUAUCUGAUUGACAAUAUAUACGGAAACUUAAAUAUGUUUAUUUAAUGGAUGAGUUUUUAUCCAAUUUUAAGUGCACUAAUUGAUUAUUUUUCCGAUAAAUAAAAUCGUACUAUGAUACUUCGAUUUUAAACAUGAGUGAGCCAGUGUAAAUGGCAAUACCCACUUACCAUCUGAUGGAAAAUCCAAGGUUGGUACCUGAGCAAGGGUUAUAUAAUUUCAUCGAUUCUUAGUAACAUCAUACUCGAUUACAUUUAGAUACCCGAAGAAGAUUCCAGAAAUAACAAUGAAGAAACGUCAAGACAGGAUGUUGUAAAUCCAAAUAAAUGGUUAUAUACUUAAUUAUUUAUGUGAUUAAAUUGUGAAUUUAAAUAUAAGUAAUGAUAUAAUUAAAUGUAGGGUCGUAAUAGAAAAUAGAGUAAGUUAA